ACUUGAGCUCUCCUCUUUCCCUCGGGCUGCCUUUAAAAAGCCGUGCAGAGCUCCGGGUACCUCACGGAUCCCUCCAACAGAAGGAGAACUCUGGAGCAGCGGCGGUAGAUGAAAGCAAAGAGAAGGAACACGGCCUCAGCCAUGUCCACGUCGCUGAGAGUGAGCCCGUCAGUGCACGGCUACCGCUUCGACACCGCCCUGCGCAAAAAAGCCGUGGCCAACAUCUUUGAGAGCAUCGACGAGGAGUCGCUGCAAAAGCUCUUCAAGCAUUCCGGGGACAAAAAGGCAGAGGAGAGAGCCAAGAUCAUCCUCGACCCGGACCAGGACGUGGAGGAGAAAACCAGAGCGCUAAUGGCUCUGAAGCAGAGGCGGAAAGACAAACUCCUCCAGUUCCUGAAAUUCCCGAAAUAUUCCAUCAAAGUGCACUGAGCUUGGAGGGAGCAGCCACGGAGGAGAACGUUUUGGGACGAUGCUGCCACAGGCAGCACACUCUAUGCUGCUGGGACUCUCCUGUGCCCGGUGCUGCCAGCAGGAUGCUGCGUGCCCAGCGCUGCAGGUGGGAUGAGAUGCUGCUGUGCCCAGUGCUGCUGUGCCCAGUGCUGCUGCCAGAACGCUCCCGUGCCCAGUGAUGAUACCAGAUGGGGAAAAAAACACCCAACACACCCCAUCCCACGGCGCUGCAGCGGGGAGACGAGCCGACUGCACCCAUCUGCUUCACUUGCCCCGACUUCUUAGCUGAAGUUUGAAACUUCCUAAGCCUCGCUGUUGUCUGCAGAACGGAGAUCCCAGGCAUCGAUCAGCUCCUGGGCAUCCCUCAUCCUGCAUUUGUUGAAAUGCAUCGAAGCUCAUCGUGUGACUGCAACACCUUCAGGGAAUGCAUUGCCCUAUGGACACUGUGCGACUGUGCCUUUUCUCUCUCCAGGAGCGUGCUUGCAUUAAGAAUUGUUUGCACAAAAGCAAUAAUAAUGACAGAUUUCCCUGAAUUUACUGUGAAUUGCCUUAAUAUUUUGUUCACUUCCCAUUAACAUGAAUAUUUAAGCACCAUAAUUGCAGUUCAUAUUUGUAUUGAUUACAUCCGAUAUUAGACAAGUACUUCACGGUAUUAUUUUAUGGCAACGUUAUCAUUAUAUUGACUAUAAUUUAUUUCAUAUGGCGACCUGAAAUUUAAUAAAUUAUAAUGUAAGUAUAAUUUCUCGUCUGAAAUGCUCACUUCUCCAGGAGGAGGGGGG